GUGAGGGGCCCUCCACUCGGCUCUCAGAAAUCUCCUUCACAAGCUCAAAACUACUGAGGGUCCCAAAGAGCCGCUGUUCCGCGUUUACUGUUCUGGGAAACAAAACAAGAGACGGAAAUGGGUAGAAGCCUAGAGUGCGGAAAUCCAGGUGAGAAACGCGGCGGGGCGCUUUGUGUGGGGGGGAAGGGGCUAGAACCCAACAGCCCUGACGUGUGUCUGUAGACAAAAGCAAGAGGACUGUUAGGGCAAAGAAAGAGAUCCAGAGUUUUUGUCUGAACCCUGGAGGCAGGGGUGCCUUUGCCGAGCUGCGGGGAACCGCGGGCACGAAUCAAGGAUUGCUCUUGGGAAAUCAUCUCCUUGUGCACCUUAAACUUACAAAACUUCACGCGUCGGUUGUACCCCAACAAAAUUGGCUCGGGGCCAUGGCGGCGGCCGAGCCCAAGACCCCCGCGGGGACGGCCGCGGCCCGACGCCUGGCCCGGAGCUGCUGGUCCGCGUUCUGGGACUACGAGACGCCCAAGGUGAUCGUGGUGAAGAACCGGCGCCUGGGCAUCGUGUACCGCACGGUGCAGCUGCUCAUUCUGCUCUACUUCGUGUGGUACGUGUUCAUCGUGCAAAAGAGCUACCAGGACAGGGAGACGGGCCCCGAGAGCUCCGUCAUCACCAAGGUCAAGGGCAUCACUUCGUCCGAGAACAAAGUGUGGGACGUGGAGGAGUACGUGAAACCCCCCGAGGGGGGCAGCGUGUUCAGCAUCAUCACCAGGAUCGAGGUCACCCCCUUCCAGACCCUCGGAACCUGCGCCGAGAGUAUGAGGAUCAGAAACGCCACGUGCGACUCGGACGAGGACUGCGUGGCUGGGCAGCUGGACAUGCUGGGAAACGGCCUGCGGACCGGGCGCUGCGUGCCUUAUUACCACGGGUCCUCCAAGACCUGCGAGGUGUCCGCCUGGUGCCCGGUGGAGGACGGGGCCUCAGUCAGCCAGUUUCUCGGUAAGAUGGCCCCCAAUUUCACCAUCCUCAUCAAGAACAGCAUCCACUACCCCAAAUUCCAGUUCUCCAAGGGCAACAUCGAGAACCGGAAGGAUGGCUACCUGAAACACUGCACAUUCCAUGAGGUCUCUGACCUCUACUGCCCCAUUUUCAAGCUGGGCUACAUCGUGGAGCAGGCAGGGGAAAACUUCACGCAGCUGGCACACUCGGGUGGUGUAAUUGGGGUCAUUAUCAACUGGGACUGUGACCUGGACCUGUCGGCGUCAAAGUGCAACCCCAAAUACUCCUUCCGGAGGCUCGACCCCAAGCAUGUCCCAGCCUCAUCUGGCUACAACUUCAGGUUCGCCAAGUAUUACAAAGUAAACGGUACCACCACCCGCACACUCAUCAAAGCCUACGGGAUCCGAAUUGACGUCAUCGUGCACGGACAGGCAGGGAAGUUCAGCCUGAUUCCCACCAUCAUUAACCUGGCCACAGCGCUGACCUCUAUCGGGGUGGGCUCCUUCCUGUGCGACUGGAUCUUGCUAACGUUCAUGAACAAAAACAAGGUCUACAGCCAUAAGAAAUUUGACAAGAUGGUGGAUGCUCCCAAGCGGGGUGCAGGACCAGGGCUUGGCACCUCUGAGCCUUCCCAACAGGACUGCGCUCUCACAGACGCCCGAGGAUUGGCCCAGCUCUGAGCCCACUCGCACCUUCUGUCGUGCUGCACUGAAGACCUGGGCCUGUUGGGGGCCCCUGAAGUCUGUGGCCCCAGGAGCGCCCCACUCCCCAGGGCAGCAUGGCUUGGACCUUGGAC